UAUGCUAUCAAAUUUUUUUUGAAAGAUUCAGAAAUAUCUAAAAGGAAAAUAAGUGUUUUCCCCUCCCUGAUAUCUCCUGUUCCACACUCCAGCCAGUCGGUGACGGUAAUGCGCCUUUAAAUUGGUUUGCCAACAGCCAUAACACCUUAAAGAGGAGGAAGAAGAAGAUUUACGUCACUUUUUACGACACAAAAAGCCUUCAAACCACUAAGAUUUUACUCUAUUAUAUUAUCCACAUCAAAAUGGUGUCUUUGGACGACUAUCGGUUUUUAGAGAGCUUUAAAAGAAAACGCAUCCGGCUCACGACAAAAGGUAGCACGUUUGAAGGCGUUGUGCAGCGCAUUAAUUUGAACAAAACAAUCAUUUUAGAGGAUGUGGUUGAGGUUCAGAGCGGCAGCCGGUUUCUUGGAGCUAAAGUCUUCUUUGGACAAGAAAUCCUGAAUGUUGAGUUUACUGACUCAUCUAACACAGACCUCCUGAGUGAUGAGGAUCAUGACAAGGUGGGCCAGAUGAGCCUGGCUGAGUUUCAGCCCUACAGGAACACACUGAUGGGGGGUCAUGAGGAUGAGGAAGAGCAGUUUGUGAACUACGUGGUUGUAGAUGAGUUCCAUGAGCAGUUUGGUCCUGCAGUGAUGCACAUCCGGAAGCAGCAGGUGAUUGGGCUUGGGCUGGAUGGAAUUGGUGCUUUGCAGAACGAGAGGCUCUGCUGGCUGCAGGUGGCUACCAAAAACCAGGUGUACCUCUUUGACGUCUUGUUGCUUGGAGCUCGAGCUUUUAAAAAUGGUUUGUCUACCAUUCUGGAGAGCACGAACAUCCUGAAGGUCAUGCAUGAUUGCCGGAGAAUUUCCAGGUGUCUGAUGAUGCAGUUUGGUGUGAAUCUGGUGAACGUGUUUGACACGCAGGUCGCAGACGUGAUGCACUUCUAUGCAGAGACGGGGGGCUUCUUGCCCACGCGGGUGAGCACGCUCCAAGAGGUCAUCAGCGUUCACUUAAAAAUGCCCUUAUCCCGUCUGUCCUCUCUGAGCAUCAAAGAUCAGCUCUGUAGGGAAGACAAAGAAGUCUGGUAUGUCCGUCCUUGCCCUGCUCCACUCCUAAAGGUCAUGGCUUUGUCUGUGAUCCACCUGCAGCCUCUUCGUUUUACGCUUUUGGAUGCCCUGAUGUCUGACUACACCAGUCUAGUGGACUCCUAUCUAAAGACUGGACAAGAAAAUCCGGUAUGUACAGAGGACAUCGGCAAGACUGGCCUGGAGCUCCCUCAGGAGCUGCGUGAGAUUGAGGUGAUCAAAUGUGAGCGGCAGAAAUGGGCUCUGGAGCGCUAUAACGUCACCGAGGAUGGACUUCUGGACCGCUACAAUGUCAAGCAGACUUCAGAGCCAGACUUGGAGAUUCAGGAACAGCCUGAGAUGCUGGAAAAAAAUGGUCCCUGUCCUGCUGUAAAGUCAACACUAGGAGGAGGAAGCAUGCUGGAUAGAGACGCCACUAUUAUGCCAAGUUUAGGGAGGGGACUUGUACUUCCUGCCCCAAUAGUACCCUUAAGAGAGAGUGCAGUAUUUCAGAAAAGCACUGCAUUGUCAGGACCCUUCUCCAUCAUGGAGGGUGUAGCUCAAAAUAGGGCCUGUUCAGUGCCAGUUAUGGGGAGAGGACUCUUUAACAGCUCGCUGUAGCCCCAAAUGGCACAGGAAAGAAAAAAAAAGCUGCUGAGCAUGCAUGUGUAAAUUUCUCAUGGUGUCUUUUUAUUAUUAUUAUUUUUUUCAGUCGUCUUUGUGAAGUGGUCCAGUUACUCAGUUUGUUAUUGCAGGUAAAGGGUGUGGCCUAAACGUGAAGCCAAGGCUAUAUGUUAGGAAUUAUUUGAAAUUAUUUUAGUAAUGUUUGUGCAAAUAUAUGACGUGUGAUGAUUUACACAUGCAGAUUGCACCAUGCUAAACUGGUGGCCCUAAGUUUCCAUUAGUUGUUAGGUACAUUAGUGUCAGAGUUAAAAAAAAAAAAAGUGUAUUAUGCGUACGUAGAAGUCCUUGAGAAUUUGCUUGUUGCUUUGUAAGUGUAUUUAAU